AUCUGAAACUCGCACAGGCGAGCAUGGUUUCGCAUUGAUGCAAGGCGAAUGUCAGGUUCUUAUUUGAUUGUCACGGAAUACAACAGGGAAUUAUUUAUGGAGAUGGAGAAAAGUCCGACGCCCAGAAUGGAGAAGUUCGGGGCGUGUCUCCGAUGCCUCACUGGGACGAAAUAACGGUUGCCGUGUUUGAUGUGUUUGCACUCCUACGCCGUCCUUCCCACCAAACAUUUCUCCUGCGUUGGAUUCAGAAUUGUUGGCGAAACAUAAAUGGCUACCGACACAAAAGAUCCAGAGGCUGCGGCCCGCGCCACACUCGCACUCCUGGAGACGCGCCUUCGUCAUCUGGAAUUCUUACUAAAGGGUACCACUGAUCAAGAUGGCAUCCCAGAGCCAGCGACAAGCCCAGCCCACGGAAAAGACACGGUUUGGUCUAGGCUCGAUCAUCUCGAAGGCGAAUUCGAACGACUAAAGAAACACAGUGGGGCUGCAAGCACUAUGAUUCGUGAUAUUGAGCACUUGUCAUUCGUCUAUCCAGACUUGUUUGCUUCCACAUUGUCGGCCAGCGAAGUGCCCCCCAAAUCCCAAGAUCUAAGCACCCUUGCCUCGAUUGUCCUUGCGCAUGCGACCUUGUUUCCCGAGACAGCCUCGAGACUCUCCUCCUUGCAGACCUUGCAAAUUCCUCCCGCCGAACAAAGCUCGGAAUUACUGUCUCUGGUCCCACGCCUCGAACAGUGCAACCGAACCGAGGAAGAACUGGCGAAUGAAGUACAGGUGCUACGUGAACGGAGUGCUCGUUGCCUCGAAUGGUGGAUCAAAGUGGGCGUUGUAGGAAUGGGUGACUUGUGGGAAGACUGGGAAAGAAGAGUAGGCGAAGUCGAGAAACACCUGAUCCGCUGGGAACGGCGAGCCAAAGAGGAACAAGGAUAUCUCUGAUCGACGAGCUAUGAUCUGUUCACGAGAUAUUUUUAGUGAUCCGGGCAUCUUGAGGCCCUGGUGGCAUGAUUCGGGCAAACACAGAAGAAUUGUUCUUUCGCCAUCAACAGACUGCAUCUGGGUCUGAUGACAGGCUUUAGUGGGUGUCGAGCGAUAGCACAUCAGGAAGGAUAAUCCGGCAGUCUGCCAGUCGAUAUAGGUGUUGCUUCGUUAAACCAGCAUAGCCAUCGUGAGUGCAUGGCUAGCCCGCCAAUGGGAACAUCUGUGCCGGGCGCAGAUCAUGCAUUCGCAUUGGAGUGAGCAACAGAAUGAUGGGGGGCGUGCAACAGCUACUGUAGGGCUCUUCGGAGGAUUUAAUAAAUGCACUUCGAGGAGUCGUUGUUGAUGAUCGAUGGCUGGACCACAAUCUGUCCUGGGGUUCUACAAUAUGGAUAGCUUGGGUUAGCGUUCCAGUGCAGGAUUGCGAGAAUACUGUACAUACGGAGUACAGGACUGUGAGCACGGGCUGGUGGCGCCCUGCCAGGGGGUAUUUGGGUGGAGAUGCGAAGAUUGGUCGAGAACCA